AUGGCAUAUCCCUUCUCAGAUUUCAAGUACUCUGACGGCCUCACUGUAGUGGGUAUCUCCUUCUGUACAGCUAUUGUCUGUGAGGCCAUCUCAUGGAUUCUUAUUUACCGCACCAAUUCUUACAAGAACCUUCGGUCCUCCAUUGACAAAGCAUCCAAGAAACUCGAGACUAUGAAGACUGACAGCAACAAAAUCACCAUUAAGAAGUCCAAAACCAAAAAAAUUGACCGUGUUGAGACAAGCCUCAAAGAAUCUAGUCGUGACUUGUCUCUCUUCAAGUUCAAAUCAGGGGGUGUAGUUGCUCUUGUUCUCUUUGUGGUAUUUGGAUUGCUAAAUUCACUCUUCGAAGGCAAGGUAGUUGCCAAAUUGCCAUUCCAGCCUUUUGGGCUUGUCAUGAAGAUGAGCCACCGUGGGCUGCAAGGUAAUGAUCCCACUGAUUGUUCCAUGGCAUUUCUAUACUUCUUGUGUUCCAUUAGUAUCAGAACAAAUUUGCAGAAGUUCUUGGGUUUUGCACCGCCAAGGGGUGCAGGUGCUGGUCUCUUUCCAAUGCCAGAUCCCAAGACCAGUUGA